CUCCCCCCGCGUCCUUUGACUCAGUUUGUAUUUCAUUCUCGCACCAAUCCACCUUCGUUUUAUUCUCUCCAUUGUUGUUUAUUUGAUGUUGAGAAGACUGGGCUAAUCUUGCCCUUACUCCAUUGUUGUCUUGUCUUGCAUGACGAGGCUCGGUCACUCGUUGAAGACUGAUAUAUAGCUAUACGGACUACCGUUAUCAUGAGCUCUGAUUUUAUGACCUGAGUGACGAUUACAUUAUCCAUUUCACGGCGGAGGACCUAGAACAUUUCGCUCUUUCGGAAAAUACUGUCGUCUCUGUACAUUGCUUGCUUCGAAGCUCCAACCGAGGCUUCCAUGUACCACCACCGUAUCGCUGAGCUGGCUCAUCAAUGGGGCAUUGUCUUGCCUCCCGCUCCUUCUCCGCUCACACGGCCUUCCCAUCCACCGACCUUCAGGAAUGCAGACGACGACUUUCACGCAGAGGAGCUUGUCAAGCGGAGGCAGCUCUCCCACGGACGCACCGAAUCCACUGGGAAUCUGAGAAAGGCCUUCAGUUCCAAGAAGAAAGCCUACGAUCCCAGGCUGGUCUUCGAUGCCCUCAACAGUCAUGUCGCCCACUGCGGGAGACCCGGAGUUGCCGAGUCGCUGAUCAAACUCCUUCUCGCUUCCGGCGGUGACGUGAACCUUCCGCAGAAGCCCAAGACCGGCCUCCUUAGCCGUCGUCGGAGCUUGGAGACCCUCGGCGAACGGAGCAGGUUGUUGCAGCAAGCCGUCACCAACAACCAGCCCGACAUGGUUGCCGUCCUGCUACCUCACGCCGAUGCCGUGGCUCUCGAUACCUCUCUUCCGAUCGCCAUCCAAGAAAGGAAUCCCGAUAUCGUCGAGCUGCUCCUCCGGUACGGCGCUGGCGCUGGCGCUGCCUCCACGGCCGACGGCCAGGAUGCCUUUCGCGACCUGUGUGCCUCGGGCGGUCAACCGCAGUUGGUCAGCCUCCUUCUGCGGUCCGGAGGCCGGCCCUCUGUAUCCUGGCUGUCGCAAUGCAUGAUAGAUGCCGUUCGUGCGGGUUGCCUCGGAACCGUCCUGCACCUGAGUCGAUCGGCCGCGGACGGGAACCUCAACCAAGGGGAGGCUUUGAACACGGCCAUUUUGCACUCGCGGCAUGACAUUGUGCUAGCCAUUAUCGCCGGCAUCAACCCGCCGCAGGGACAGGUUCUCAACGAGGCCUUCGCCCAGUUGAUGGGCCAUGCCUCCAUGAACCCCAACGAGAAGGCGCGGGCGGCUGAAUUGUUGCUAUGUGCCGGCCCCCAUGGCGAUUCCACUGCGCUUGCUCUUCUUGAUGCCGCGACGACCGAGUCUCUCGAAAUGGUUCACGUCCUAGUCGCCCACGGGGCCUCCAUUGCAUACAGAGACGCCCUGGCCUUGCGCAAAGCUAUAUCCAACGGACGGGUGGACGUGGCUCAGAUUAUGCUCAGCGGGAAGUCGCCUCUGAGCUCAAUACAAGCUUCCGAGUGCGUUGGGCUCAUCCCCAGGCACAUGGGCCGUGACCAUGGACAUCUCCUGCUCGAUCUUUUACUGCGAAGAGGAGCCAGCGGGAACCCCUUGCACGAGAAACUGAUUGGGUCUGCCGAGGACGGUGAUGUCGGAUCCGUCGCUUUGCUUCUCAGCCCGCAGAGCCACGAAGUAGCUUCUGUGGACUACAAGGGCGGGCUAGCCCUGCAGAUUGCCGUCAGGAGAUGCGACGUCCCCAUGACAAGACAAAUGCUUGCCAGCAAUCUUAGCAGCGACACCAUGACCAGCGUUUUUCACGAGACGAAAACUUUGCCACCUUCCGACAGGCUCAAUAUCGCCGAGUGCUUUCUGGACAAGGGAUUACCGGAGACGACCGUGCAGGAGGCUCUCCAGGAGGCCAUCAGCGAGAAGCCGCCGCAGCGAGACGAAAAUCUCAUUGCGCUGCUCCUCAAGUACACCACCGACGUCAAAUCGAGUGCCGGGCCUCUGGCGGCAGCCGUGCAGCAGAAGGAUAUCAACCUCCUAGCAGCAUUGCUCCAAAAGAAUGUCUCCCCUCAAACCGCCGUGGAAAUACUCCCGACCGUCGUUACCACCGUGGUGGAUCCUAGAGCGAGGCUCGAGAUGACCAGCCUGAUUCUCAGCUCCGUGCCAGGCACAGAUCCGGCCAAGAUUUCUCUGGCCCUUAUCCAUGUCUUGGAGUUGAAGCCUCCCGAUAUGAGAUUACUCCAGGUGCUCCUGCACCAGGGUCGUGCUGAUAUCAACAGCAACGAAGGCCUUGUCGUCGCUACAGCGAUUCGUAACCACGACCCCCCGGUCCUUGACAUGCUGUUGAAGCAGGGUAAUCCUUCACCAGCCACGACACGUCGGGGACUCAGCGAGCUGUCGCAUCUACCGUCUUGCGAGAAAAAGGCGGCAAAGCUGCAGACUCUCUUACGAUACACCAAAGAGACGGCGCUUCUUGACGAUAUUUUAGUAAAAGAAGUCCAUUCGCUCAUUCAUACUUCCCCCGAGAACCGAAAUCCGUGUAUCAUAAAGGUGCUCUUGUUGUCAGGCGCGAAUGUCAACGCCCAUAAUGCGGCGGCUCUCUGUCAUGCCGUCUCCGCCGCAGACGCACAUCUCACGGACCUGCUUUGCGCUGCGAAGCCCAACGCCGCUGCCCUGGCAUACGCUUUGCCCCACGCCCUUCGCAUUGCUGAUGCCAUGGACCGACUGACCUUUGCCAAGAAGUUGCUGGAUGCGGGCGCGCCGAGCGCUGAAGCAAACCGCGCCCUGGGUUUCGCCAUCAAGACGUACACCGACGACAUGCCGCUGUUACGGACCCUGUCGAAAAAGGCCGACACGGCUGACGGCGAGGCUCUCCUGGCAGCGGUACGGCGAGAGCGGCCUGACAUACUCGAGUUGGUCCUGCAACGAAUGCACCCCAGCAGCGCCGUAAACACUGCGUUUGCCGAGGCGAUCAAAAGCCACGACAAGGAACUACGCGCGCUGAUGUGCACCCUUCUCCUGAAACACGGCGCAUCCGGUGCGGUUGCGUCGGACGCCCUCCGAGCUGCUGCUGCGGACGGGGAUCUGGUGCUGGGCAACUUGCUCGUGAGCCACGGUGUCGGCGUCGAUGAGCAGGCCGUCAUCCAAGCCUGCCGCUCCGGCGCCGCCGACGUUUUGGCGAUGCUUCUCAGCGGCGAUAAAAAUCAUGCGUCCAUCGUCGACGAGAAGACGCUGGGGCGAGGAUUCCAAGCGGCCACCGAGGUGGGCGACCUCAAGAAACGUGCGGCGGUUCUUGCGCCUCUGUUGGCUCGCGGUGUGGGCGGUGAUGCGCUGAACGGCCAGCUCGUCUCGGCCGUUCGGUUCGGGGCCGACGGCGAGGAUCUGGUGAGAAUCCUGCUUCGCGCCGGUGCGGACCCGAACUACUAUAACGGCGAGGCUGUCUGGGCGGCCACGCAGAGCGCAUACCUGGGGAGUUUGGAGAUGAUGCUCGGCACAGCUCAUGCUGGGGACACCGACCACCCGAAGCCUACGGCCGCUACGCUCAAGCGAGCUCUACAAGCUUCCGGAAAACUAGGCGCACGGCCCCGGCUCGACGUCGUCGAGAUGCUUUUCCAAGCCGGCCUCUCGGUUUGCGAGGAACUCCACAUUGCGCUGAACAAGGCGGUCAACGAGGAAGUGCCGGACGAGAAGCUCAUCGAAGCCUUUGUCCGGCACGGCGCUUCGCCUCUCCCGAGGGGCCGGCGGACGUUGGUCGACGCAGCGAAUAGGUGCUCUCCGUCGAUCGUAAGCCUAUUGCUCGAGGCGGCAGACGUAUCGGGCGACGACGUGAGCUUGGUGAUUCGGCAGAGUUUCACCAAAGACACGGCCGGGACGUGGUUCGACGAGCAGGGGUUUCUCGUUUUGCAGAGUAUGCUCGACAAGGGCGCACGGGGGGAGGGGAUUAGUUCCGUACUGGCCCUUGUGCUCGACAUGGCGUCGGACGGCGAACGACCAGAGCUGGCGAACCGCUUCAUUGACCUCCUUUCUGCGCACGAUGUCGACGUCGAUUACCAGGAUGGGAAGCUACUGAUAUCGGCAACGUCAGCAUGCGACGUGGUCUUGAUCAAGAGGCUGUUGGAGAAGAAACCGCGGGCCGAGACGCUGUCUCGGGCCUUUUAUCGCGUCUUUGACACAGCGCUGGCCGAAGAUGACGCGCUCCAGCUCAUUUCUCUGUUCACGGAAUAUGGCGACGGAGAAACUCGUCUGGAUGUUAUGUACACGAUGCCGGGCAUAUCGCCCAUCUUGUUCCUGGCACUCGCGCAAUAUCCAAGGUCGACCAGGGUUGUGAGGACGCUCCUGGAUGCAGGAUUUUAUCACGACCAGAUGACGGUUUUCCACGUAGCGCCUGGUCUGGAGGAGGACGAGGAAGAAACCGUCACGUUGUUGACAUGGUCGCUGUUGCAACCCCAGAAGAAAAUCAGCAGCAACGUCAUCCACGUUCUCGUCGAAGCAGGGGCAAAAGUGAACGUCGAGACGCGGGUGUCGCGUGUCACACCGCUCAUGGCAGCGAUCCAGGCGCGCAGACCAGACAUUGUCAAGAGGCUGCUACUCGAAGGGGCCGAAGUGGACGUGGCCGAUGCGGGGGGGGAUACCCCGUUGGCCAUGGCCACGGAUAUCGGGGGAGAGCUGGCGAUCACCAUCAUGUCCAGCCUCCUCGCGGCGGGGGCGUCGCGGGACGACGGGUCCCUGCACAACGCGGCGCGCGAACUCAACUUGCCGGCGGUGCAGGUCCUCGUCGAAUACGGGCAUGAUCCGGACUUCCCCAGCCACUUGCACGACGGACGAAGUGCGUUGGGCGAGUUGUGUCUUCGCGCGGCCGACUCGAGCGAGUUCACUGCGGCGCGAGAGAAGACGGCGGAGAAGGUGAUGGGCUUUCUCAUCGAGAAGGGGUCGGACAUGACUCUCAAGGUCGCGGGCAAGUCGAUCCUGCACCUCGCGCUGGAGUCUCGAGACCCCCUGACGACAACCCGGUUGCUCCUCAAGUGCGGCAUGUGGAAACACGUGAACAGGAAGUUCAACCUGUACACGGACGGUGGCGGCGGCGGGCACACGUACACGUACUCGCCGACGAUGUACGUGGCAAAAGCGCUCCCGGCGUCGGAGGUCCGCGACCCACUAGUGGCCCUCCUGCGUGCAAACAGGGGGGAAGACGUCUACUACGCCAACGCGGGACCGCAGCCCGACGACGCGGCGGGGCUCCCGGACGACCUGGCGCUGCAAGAGCGCGAGCGUCGGGCGCGGCUGGCGCGGCUGGCGCACGAGCAAGAAGACCACGAGCGCUCGCUGGCGCGCACGCGGUCGCUGGCGGCGGUGCAGGCGCAGAUCUGGACGCACCAGGCGGAGCUGGAGGACGGGCGACGACGGCGCACGCAGGGGGAGGAGAUGGCGGCGAUGGGCGAGCGGGCGCGGGCCGAGGAGGCGGGGUUCCUGGCGGCGAUGCGGCUGCGGCAGGAGGAACGAGCGGCGGAGGCGGCGCACCAGCGGACGUUGACGGCGGCGGCGACGGCGAGGACGCGGCAGGAGGUGGAGAUGGAGGGGCGGCGGCAGGCGCAGGGGAUCGAGUGGGAGCGCAAGAUGGCGGCGGAGCGGGUGGAGCACGCCAAGGCGAUGAGCGCGCUGCGGGUGUCGGAGCGGGAGGACGUGGAUCGGAUGGAUCGGGAGCAGAACGAGCGCGUUAACCGGCGGAUUACGGAGCAGAGGAGGCUUGUGGAGAGUCAGUCUGGGUUGGCGGGGCAGUUGGCCGGGGUGGGAGCUAAUGGAAGGCGGCAGAUCGGGUACAUUUCGGGGGAGCUGAGUUAGAUGGGGCGUCGGGAGUGCAAGAACUUGUAUAACGUGUAUAUAGAGGUGAUCGCAGGUCAUCUUCCAUUCGUCUAAAGUUCUUUUGUCAAGUCCAUGGUGUUGUGUCUGUUGGUCGGUUUUCACCUGGGAUGGUUUCGAUGUUGGUGUCACGAUUGCUUA